AUGGGUCUGAAGGGGGCAUGGUGUUUCCCAUGGUGUGGGUGCCGUAGACAGCGGGGGACUGAAAGAGGAGCAGGCCUGGAUCCAGCUGCCCCUCCAGAUCCAGGUCCCAGCCCAGCUGUAGCCCCCAUCGUGGCUGAGGGAGGGAUACUGUCCCUUGGGUCUGGCGCCUACUUCAGCAGGAAAGCCCGUCUCUCCUUCCGCCACCAGCUGCAUGACAUAGCAUCGGCCAAUGACUCCACCAUUUGA